AUGGCCAUCACCAAGAAGUGGCUGUACGUAGGUAUACCCGUCGGUGCGGCCGUCAUCCUCGCUGCAGUCCUCGGUGGAGUUCUGGGCAGCCGUGCCUCCAAGAACAACUCCUCCAGCACCUCCGGGACCUCUUCCUCCAGCGGCGAGGCUGCUGCCAGCUCCGCCGCUAGUGUGAAGGAGGCCAUCGGCGUCUUCCCCACCGGCACGGACAGCCAAUACCUCCUUCCGUUAUACCCCUCCACAACGAACGCUGCCGCCUUCACGACUCCUACGUUCAACCCCACCCAAAACACCAACCUCGCCUGGCCCGAGGACUCCUUCAAGCCCUCCAACCCUUCACCUACGAACUGGCAGGCCCUUCCCACUCUCAUCCAGAACGACCCCUACCUCAAGUCCUGGAACGACACCAUCUUCGGUAACGCGACCGACUACUUCGGCCUGGCCCCCGUCCAGUACUUCCUCGACGGCUCUUCGGGUAUCCUUGACAAUGCUCGUGAGGUCAAGGAGCGUGUCAAGGCUUUCUCGUACGCCUACCGCAUGACCAACGACUCGAAAUGGCUGGACAGGACCUUCACGGAGCUCCAGAACGCCGCUGGGAAUGGAACAACUGACUUCGGUCCUGACGGGCCCAGCAAAUGGAACCCGAGUCACUUCCUCGACACCGCCGAGUUCACCGCCGCGUUCGCUGUCGCCUACGACUGGCUGUACGACGCCUGGUCUGACGAGCAGAAGAGUCAGAUCCGAAGUUCGAUGAUCUUCUACGGUCUCCAGGCUGGUAUCGAGACGAUCAAGAAUGGCUCCGCCUGGUGGACUGGGAACACGAUCAAGGGCAACUGGAACUGUGUUUGCAACAGCGGCCUCACCAUGGGUUCCCUCGCCAUCCUCGGCGAUGACACGAGCGGCAUUGCGGAACAGCUCCUCGCCCUCACCAUCCCCAACGCCCUUGAGAACUGCGCUUUCGCGGUGUCUGACGAUGGCACUUGGGCCGAGACCGCCAACUACUGGUACUUCGGUACCACCGGGCACGCUGAGAUGGCGUCAUCCCUCAUGACGGCUACCGGCUCAGACAUGGGUCUCCUCUCGAACAACCCGAACUUUGCGAAGACCGGUCUUUACCACAUGUAUGUCACUGGCCCCGGCUCGCUGUUCAGCUACGGCGACCACGGCCCGAACAAGUACUCUACCACCGCCAACUCCAUCCUCUUAUAUGGCGACCAGUUCCAGCAUCCCGAGUAUGUCCUGUUCCAACGCGACCAGCACGAUGCCCCGGAACCGAACAGCAUGUUCUGGUACAACCCCACCGUGGCCGGCGCGUUCUGGGAUGGUAUGCCCCUCGACCACGUCUUCGACAACAGCACGGACCAGUGGGCAUCCAUGCGCAGCUCCUGGACGGAUGAGAACGCGUUGUACGUGGCCAUCAAAGCCGGUACUCUCCAGAACCACCAGACGCACAACGACCUCGACUGCGGUGACUUUGUCAUCGAUGCGCUCGGAACGCGUUGGGCGGGGGACCUCGGCUCGGGCGACUACCUUUCCACAGGCUACUUCUCGAGCGACGCACAGGACAGCCAGCGUUGGCUUUACUACCGCAAGCGGACGGAGGGCCAGAACACGAUCCUCGUCAACAAGGCGAACCAGCUCGUCACCGCUGCGCCUUCGAUCGGCUUCGACACGAGCAACACCACCCAGGGUUCGAGCACUGUCUUUGAAGCUCCCAGCGAUUCCACUGCGCUCUUCACCGCGGACCUCUCCAGUGCUUACUCUAACGUCUCUUCGUUCAAGCGGGGCAUCCGUAUGAUCAACGGCCGCAGGCAGGUGUUGCUCCAGGAUGACAUCAACGCCUCUGGCGACAUCAUGUGGCGCAUGCACACCAACGCGACCGUCACUGUCAACGGGAACUCCGCGACGCUUACCAUUGGCGACCAGACAAUGCAGAUGACGAUCCUUAACGCGCCCGACGGCGUGAGCCUCACUACCGGGCCGGCCGUCCGCUUCAGCGACGAUCCUGCCCUGCCGCAGGGCCAGGUAGACCAACCGAACCCCGGAGUGACGGUGAUCAUGAUCAGUCUGCCGGCUGGAGAGCACAGUCUGCAGGUGCUGUUCAAUCCCCAGUGGAGCGGGUUCACCAGCUUCCAGACGCCUCCGUCGGUCCCGAUCGACAGCUGGACCCUCCGCAGCCACGACUCUUCGUGA